AUGGAGCGGCCGGUGUGGCUCUGCGGGCUGUGGGCGAUGUUGCUGUUCGCCAGCGGGGGCGGGGGGGGGGGGGGGGGGAUUCCGACCCAUACUCAGCCACCUGUGACCAAUUUGAGUGUUUCUGUUGAAAACCUUUGCACAAUAAAAUGGACGUGGAAUCCUCCUGAGGGAGCCAGCCCGAAUUGUAGCCUGUGGUAUUUCAGUCAUUUUGGUAAUGAACAGGAUAAGAAAAUUGCUCCAGAAACUCAUCGUUCCAAAGAAGUGGCCCUGAAUGAGAGGAUUUGUCUGCAAGUGAGUUCGCAGUGUAGCACCAAUGAAAGUGAGAAACGUAGCAGUUGGGUGAAAAAGUGCAUCUCACCCCCUGAAGGUGAUCCUGAGUCAGCGGUGACUGAACUGCAGUGUAUUUGGCACAACCUGAGUAAAAUGAAGUGCUCUUGGCUCCCUGGACAUAAUGCAAGUCCCGGGACUAACUACAUUCUCUACUACUGGCACACCAGCCUGAGAAAAAUUCUUCAGUGUGACGACAUCUAUAGUGAAGGUCAACGUAUUGGUUGCUCCUUUAAUCUGAAGGAUUCCAGUUUGGAACAAGGUAGCAUCCAAAUCAUGGUCAAGGAUAAUGCAGGAAAAAUUAGACCAUCCUUCAGUGUAGUGCCUUUAAACUCUUAUGUGGAACCUGACCCUCCAGAGAUUAAAAAUAUCUCCUUCAAAAAUGAUGACUUGUAUGUGGAAUGGAAGAAUCCAGAGAAUUUUGAGUGCAAAUGCUUAUCUUACGAAGUAGAAGUCAAUAACAGUCACAUUGUCUCAGAAAUUUUUCCCGUUGAAGAGAUCAAAUGUCAGAAUUCAGAGGGUAGACUCUCUUUCUUGAUCCCCAGUAUUCAGCAAGACACUUUGAACAAAGUAAGAGUAAGAGUCAGAACCAAUAAAUACUGCUAUGAAGAUAACAACCUCUGGAGUGAUUGGAGUCAAGCCAUGAGUACAGGUAAGAAACCCAACUCCACAUUCUACAUCGCUGUACUGCUCAGCAUCCCAGUCAUUGUUGCAGGUGCAAUCAUAGUCCUCCUGCUUUAUUUAAAAAGGCUCAAGAUUAUUAUAUUCCCUCCAAUUCCUGACCCUGGCAAGAUUUUUAAAGAAAUGUUUGGAGACCAGAAUGAUGAUACCCUGCACUGGAAGAAGUAUGACAUCUAUGAAAAGCAAACCAAAGAAGAGACUGAUUCUGUAGUGCUGAUCGAAAACCUGAAGAGAGGCUCUCAGUAA